AUGGGAUUGCUGGACGUCUCCGCUGUCCCUAGGAGAGGCCUGGUAGCGCCAGUUGCCCUGGCAUGGUCCCCUGGGGGCGCCACUGACCCUGGCACGCACUCUGGGAGCGCCAACGUCCUUGGGAGGGUCUCUGGGAGUGUGGCUGUCCAAGGGAGAUCCCCUGAGGGUGCCAGCGCCUCUGGCAGGGCUCCUGGGGGCGUCAUCGGCCCUGCCACGGCCCCUAGGAGUGCCGCCGUCUUUGGGAGUUUUCCUGAGAGCGUCGCUGUCCCUGGGAAAGCCCAUGGGAGCGCCACCGUCCUUGGGAGGGUCUCUGGGAGUGCGGCUGUCCUCGAGAGAUCCCCUGAGGGUGCCAGCGCCCCUAUCAAGGCUCCUGGGGGCGCCAUCGGUCCUCCACGGCCCCUGGGAGUGCCACCGUCUCUAGGAGGGCCCCUGAGAGCGUUGCUGCUCCUGGGAGAGCCCCUGGGAGCGCCACCGUUCUUGGGAGGGCCGCCACCACUAGAAGAGCCCCUGAGGGUGCCAGCGCCCCUGGCAGGGCUCCUGGGGGCACCAUCGGCCCUGGCAUGGCCCCUGGGAGUACUGCCAUCUCUGGGAGAGCCCCUGAGAGCGUCGCUGUCCCUGGGAGAGCCCAUGGGAGCGCCACCAUUCUUGGGAGGGCAGCCACCACUAAUACAGGAGCCCUCUAGGCUUCUAGGAGGGGGCGCCGCUAAGUGGGCCCCUGGGGGUGCUACCGACCAUGAGGUCAACCCUGUCUCUGGUCGGGACCCUGGUGACUCCAACACCCCUGGCAAGACCUCUGGUGUAGCAUUUGCCCCUGGGACGGCCUCUGGCGACAACCACCGCCUCUAG